GAGGUGGAAAUAAACAAGGCUCCCCACAAUAAGCAGCCGGCCAAGGUGUGGCCGCAGUACAAAAGCUCCUUCUGGUCGCAUUUGUUCUCCUUCCACCUGUGGGCACUGUGGCUCACUAGCUUUGGCAUGUGGGGCACCGGUCCAGUGAUGCAGAUGAACGCUGCACAGAUCAGCCGCAGCACGAACUACGGCGUGUAUGACAGCCGAACUCUGACACUUUACAUCGCCAUCAUGUCUGUGGGCACCGCCAUUGGGCGUAUCUCUCUGGGAUACUUCGACACGAAGCUGACUGCUUGGAAUCGUGCAGGCAAGACAAAAAUUCUGACGACCAUUGCGCUUCCCGUUGCCCCCCUGAUGUUUGCGGUGGCGUACUUCCUCUUUGGUGUGGUAUCUGGGAAAGCCUUGCUGCUGCCGUUUUUGCUUGGGUCCUUCAGUAACGGUAUUGCCUGGAGUAUAGGCAUCAUUGCCCCCCGGAUUAUGUAUGCCAAGGAUAUUGGCAAGCACUACAGCUUCAUGCGCACCUCCGGGGCAGUUGCGUCCAUCGCGCUGAACCGCUUUCUGUUUGGAGGGAUGUACGAUGCGGAGGGGCGCAAGCGUGGCGAGUUCCCCUCAUGCAACGCGCCCUCGUGUGUGCGGAAGCAGAUGUUUGUCCUAAUGGCCGUCAACGCGGUCGCCACACUCGCCGCCGUGUCCGUGCACUGGCGAUUUUCGCGCUUCACCCGGGCGAGGCUGGCCGAAGAGGCAUCUUCAGCAAAUGAAAACGCGGAUGGUGAGGCGGCGAGGGAGGAGCCUUCGGAGCCAGUGUUGAAGCAGGAUUAG